CGGACUUUUCAAAUCACCCUCGUAUGUGUAUAUUUAUAUACGCAGAAAAAGCACUCUCGUAUCCUUCGCGUUUCCGAUGUCGAUGGAAAUGAAAUCGAGAGAUUGGAUCUACGAACAUGUUUGACUUCUCUCGUGACACGUCUCGUGACACGUUGGAGAGGGAACGUUGAAUGAGGAAUGAGACGCAAAGAAUAUUGAGUAUAACAAUCUUAGGAUAGAAGAUGGACCUAAUAAAUGUCAUUGAUGACGAUAAUGAGUAAAAGACAAUGAACAGUAUAUAUCAAAGACCAAUACGACACAUCUACCUGGGAUACAUAUGCAAUGAGGCCUGCAGCCGACCCCGAAGAGCAGGAAAGUACAUUGAAGAUGUUCGUGAAGGAUCCUGCAUAAAUCGUGCAUCAGUGGGAAAGCAUCGCUGGGCAGCGAUGAAUCUCUGAGCUCGCUGCACAGUGAUAUUCUGAUGCACUUCUGGAUCAACAAACCAGCGGGCAGGUACUACGGCUUCACCGGCCGUCGAUACCCUGCCACACCUGUGCCCAAAACACGCAGCCAAUGUCGGCGAGGUGGCGAGCUCAGGCAGAUGGUGACUCCGGUGCGUCGAUUUCAGGGCCUCGCAGGUAACUUCGCAGGCGGAAACGCAUCGUCAGCCGGGCCUAGUAAUAUCAAUAAUUCCUGUCGAAGCAUUGCCCGGUCAACGACGACAUCCGCGCGAACCCACAACGAGAACCGUUCAUCAUCGUCGUCGCUCAGCGCCGCCCAACUCGCUCAGCUAAACAACAUCCCCAACAACGUCACCGACGCCAGCAACAAUCAACUGAUUCUAUCUAACGCGACUGGUGCGAACGGCACCAACAGAAAUCUACUGGGCUUCUUCGAAAUCAGCGACGCCGAACUGGCUGGCUACCGAUUGCGUUGCGCCGUCUGGAUCACGUUCGUCCUAGCGACGGGUUUCGUGGCGGCCGCGAAGUUCUACUUCGGUUAUAGGGGGCCAGGCUUGGAGAUACUCAUGUUUUGCGGGCUGCUGAUACUAUUGCUAUCAGCAUGUCUGUACUCGAUCUUCUGCCGGCGUCAUGAUCAAAGUCAUUAUCACCACGGCAGUCGUCCGGAGCACAGUGCUCGCAUGCAGGAGGACCACCUGGCCGCCCUGACGAACGCGUCUGGUAUCAGCGACACCGUCGUCGGCAGAAUGACGACGAUGUCGACGACGACAACAGCGGUGAGGCAGAAUCCACCGCCACCUUAUCACAUCGCCAUCCUGAUACCGCCGUUGCCACCUACGUUCUCGGACGAGGCACCGCCACCCAGUUACGACAAGGAACGGCUCUGUAUCGUACACAAUAAUGAGUUCGACGAAACUCACCUUUCUGCGCACUGCCAAUAAAAUAGUAUUACGAGCGCGAAUAAUAACGCGUCUCUCGCUAUCUAAACCCUCUGGAUCUCGAACAGCUUGACAUCCGUGUCGUACCAUAUGGGAGGUUCGACAUUUCUUAAAUAUAUA